AAAAUACGGAAAAGAAAAUCCAAAAAGGGAGCCGAACUUCCGCUUCUUUGGUGCCCUAGAUUUGUUAAAAACGGUAUCGUGUGUCGCCUUUUUUGUAUUUUUCGUUCCGCUUUUCUUCCCCCCUGACCUCUCCCUACCUUGGCGUUUUGUUCGGCUCCGGAGGAGGCAUCUGUUGCGUGGAAAGGAAGCGGAAAGUCGUACAAAUAUGGACGCCGCGGCUUCCGUAGGAGAAGCGGAACUGCGCGUAAACCGACUUGUUGCGUUCAAACGGGGUCGGGAAAAAAGCACACACCGUUCGUUACCAAGGGCUUCCAAGUUUUUCCAAAUUAAAUGUAGUGAUACGUACAUUGUGAUCACGAUAUGUUUGGGAACCGUGCCUAGUAUUGUUACUCAUUUAAAUUAUUGAUGUAUAGCGUGUUGUGUUUAAAAAAAAAAAAAAAAAAGAAGAAGAUCAUCUACUCAACUUCUAUGGCCUUCACGAUAGUGUGGGGUUGCGGAAGUGGUCUGCUCUGACGUGACGUCGUGCACGCAAACGCAACAGUAAAAACAGCUUCCAUCAUCACCCACGUCGAUGGCGCAUUGAGGGAAAAAUCGACUGUAAGCCAGGGGCGACACGAAAGUAGGGAAGGCGUUCAUGACAAAAUACUCUUGUCGCCAGUUUAGUCAGACUCGCUGUGAAACAAGGCCGCGUAUCAAACCGGCGUGCUAAGCUAAAGCGGCUAAUACGCUAACCACCAGCAGCCAAACAGGCGAAACACACGACAAUAAUAAUAGCCGCUAGGUUAGUCCAAGCUUGAACAGUUUCUCCCCCCCUCACCUUGCUGGAAGUCCCUUUGCCAUCCCACCUACGUACCACACUGUCUGAAUUUAUAUGUGCAGGCGGAAUGGCUUUUCGUAGGAGCUGGUUCAGUUGGGACAGGUACAGCGAGGCGGACCUCUUUACCGACGGCUUGGGCCAGAACAACACUCUCUCCCAGGCCAUCCGGGCCGCCGCCUCCGAGGAGCCGGACGCCGACGGCAACGUGCUGUUUGGCCAGAUACAGGGCACCGUAGUGGGCCUCAAAUAUUACAGCGGGGUGGUGAACCAAGGCGAAAUGGUCGGUCUUGUGCGAGAGCCCCAGAACCUGUUUGACCGCAACGCCGUCAUGGUCACCAACAUCUAUGGGAGCCAGGUUGGCCACAUCAAGAGGGAGCUGGCUGCACCGAUGGCGCACGUCAUGGACAACAAACUGGCUAAAGUAGAAGGGGUGGUGCACACCGGGACAAAGAACAGAUUCUCCAUGCCUGUGAUUUUGUCCUUCUGGGGGAAGGAUGAGAACAAGGACGCGGUCACUCAGUGUUUGGCACGCCACGGGUAUAAACGCAACACAGGUGCAAGUCAGAAGCUGAACAGCACAGGUGGUGGGACGGCAUUAAAUAAAAGAGGAACGACCAUUCCUCUCACAGCAGAGGAGCUGAAGAAUGCCUUUGACAACCUCUUCGAAGGCCUGCUGGAGAGUAAAGAGGGGGAAAAAGAAGCAGCUGAGUCAGUGGCCACCCCACUGCUGCCACACCAGCGGCAGGCGCUGUCGUGGAUGUGCGCUCGUGAAAAUAAGUGUUCGCUGCCGCCCUUCUGGGAGAAGCGCGGCGAUCAGUACUACAACACCCUGACGUGUUUCUCGGCCAAGGAACUACCUGAGAGGGUCCUCGGCGGGAUACUGGCGGAUGACAUGGGACUGGGGAAAACGCUGACGACCAUCGCGCUGAUCCUCACCAACUUCCACGAGGGAAAGCCCCUACCCGUGUACAAACGCGAGCACUCCUCGCCUGGAAAAGCCAACAGAGCCGGACCGAGUGGCGCAGCAGCUCACGGUUUACGCUCAGGCCCGGCCCACUUGGAGGAAUCCUGUGUUCCCGCAGCAACCAUAAAGGACACAGCAAAGCUGUCAGAGAAAGGCAAAAGAACAACAAAAACCACCAAACGAAAACACGAGGAUGCUGACGUUGCCUCAGUGCUGUGCGGAGGCCCGGCGUCGCCGACAAAUUUGUUCAAGAAAAAGAAAAAGAAGAGGACGGCCAGCUCCAUCCUGACUGCCGAUUACUAUGCCGCAAAGAGCCCUGGUGAGGCUUUAUCGGCAGGGGCGACUCUCAUUGUGUGUCCGCUGUCGGUCCUCAGCAAUUGGCUGGAGCAGUUUGAGGAGCACGUGCGAGCUGACAUCAAGCUGAAUGUAUACAUGUACCACGGCCCCGACCGUAACAAAAGUACCAAGUUCCUGUCAUCUCAGGAUGUGGUGCUCACCACCUACAACGUGCUCGCCUCUGACUUCACGAGUAAUAUCAGGAGUCCCCUGCAUGACAUCAACUGGUUGAGGGUGGUGCUGGACGAGGGCCACGUGGUGCGAAACCCCAACACGCAGAUGAGCAAGGCCGUACUGGACCUCAGAGCAGAGCGACGCUGGAUCCUGUCGGGCACGCCCAUCCAGAACAGUGUGAAGGACUUGUGGAUGCUGCUGGCCUUCUUGCGCCUCAAACCGUUCGACGUGAGGGAGUGGUGGAAUCGAGUCAUCCAGAGGCCCGUGACGCAAGGAGACAGAGCUGGCCUGCAGAACCUGCAGACGUUGGUGAAGUGCAUCACGCUACGGCGCUCCAAGAGCAGCGAGCUCGACGGUCGCCCGUUGGUCACGCUGCCUGAGAAGAGCGUCUGCGUGGAGCAGGUGGAGCUCAGCGCUGCGGAGCGCGAGGAGUACGAAGUGGCGCGCGAAGAGGGAAGACACAUCAUCGGCAGAUAUGUUGCUGAAGGCACAGUUUUGAGGAAUUACGCAGACGUCCUGUCCAUCCUGAUGAGACUCCGGCAGCACUGCUGCCACCCUGACCUGCUGGCGAGCACCGCCUCAGAUGCAGGCUUAGCCACUACGCCGGCCGAGCUUCGCGAGCGCCUCAUCGAGAAGCUGCGCGUGGUGCUGGCCAGCGGCUCGGACGAGGAGUGCUCCGUGUGUCUGGACUCGGUGCGCCUCCCCGUCAUCACGCACUGCGCCCACGUCUACUGCCGUCCCUGCAUCGCGCAAGUCAUCGGCACCGAGCAGGAGAGUGCUCGCUGCCCUCUCUGUCGGAGUGACAUCAAGAUCAGCGAGCUGGUGGAGUUCCCGCAAGAGGAGAUGGGGGAAGAGAGUGGAGGAAGAAGUCCCAGCAAGUGGAGAACCAGCUCCAAGAUCAAAGCCCUGAUUGGCAACCUGCUACGUCUGCAGCGUGAAGACGGCGGCGCCAAGUGUCUGGUGGUAUCGCAAUUCACCCGCUUCCUCACCAUCCUAGAGACGCCACUCAGGGAGCACGGCUUCAGGUUGGUGCGCUUGGACGGCACCAUGACCCAAAAGAAGCGAACCCAGGUGAUCCAAGAAUUCCAGAGCGCGGCCCCCAGCAGCCCCACCAUCAUGCUGCUGUCGCUCAAGGCCGGGGGCGUCGGACUCAACCUCACCGCCGCCUCCCACGUCUUCCUCAUGGACCCCGCAUGGAACCCAGCCACGGAGGAGCAGUGCAUCGACCGCUGCCACCGUCUGGGUCAGAAGAGAAAAGUCUUUGUCACCAAGUUCAUCGUGAAGGACUCUGUGGAGGAGAACAUGGUGAAGAUCCAGAAGCAGAAGCAGGACCUCGCAGAGGCGGCGUUCGGCUCGGUGGGCGCCGACCGCAAGACGUCGCGCAUCAAUGACAUCAAGGCGCUCAUGGAGUUGUAGAACGUGAACAAGAGCACCCAGUCUCUUUUGCCUGUUCCCUAUGUUACCUCUUUCAAACUUUAUUCCAUUAGUUGCUAUCUUAAGAUCAAGGUGCUCCACACUUUCAGUUCAGUCAGGGGUGGGGGAAAAUCAGUUGUUAAAAAAGGAAGCCACAAAUGCUCCAAAUAUUACCAUCAUAAACCUUUGUUUGAUUGAAAAUGUAUUUUGUGCUUACUCCCUUAAAGUCUCUUCAGCAGGUAAAAUGCAUUCUCUGUAGGGUUCACGUCUGAGAGAUUGACACGGCAAGUCUAAAAUCUUCCAUCUGUUUUCGUUUAUGUUUUUCGCGUGACGUUGGACUAAUGUUCAGCACAUCUGCCUCACAGUUCUGAGGUUCUGGGUUUGAAUCUCUGCUCGGGCUGUUGUUGGUUGAGUUUGCGUGUUGCUUGUGCGGGUUUUCUCCCAGAGUCGGCUGGGAUAAGCUCCAGCUCAAAAUGUUCCCCCACACCUCUUUUAAGGGGUCAAGACUUUCCGCCAAGGCUAAAAAUCGAUCUUUUACAUUUGUGAGUUUAAAAUGUACACUGCUGCUAAAUCUUACAGAAAUUUUAUUCAAGUUUUGAUUCUGCCCCAAAAUGUGUGAGAAAAACCUUGGUAGAGGUAAUGACACUCGCCCUGUGUUUGUCAUGUUUGAACUGUAAAAGAUUGUUUUCUAUAUUGUUGAGUAAGCACAUUAAAAAAAACAAAAAAACAAGCUGUUAUCAAGUUGCUCAUCUUUUAUUGGCCACAAGGGGAUUGCGCAAUGACAAUGUUUUACCUUUUUCUUGAUUUUAUAUAUAAAUAUACAUUUUAACAGUAUUUUUAGGCUGUGAUGCAACCUCCACCGGUGAAAUGGACAAUUUCCCACAAUGGAGUGAGGUAGACGCGCGUACAUGUUUGUCAAAAGCAUGUCCCUUUAUACACACAGCUUGAAAUAAUGCCAGCCCAGGGUUGCCAAUAUGUUUGGUCACGACUACACGUAUUAUAUCUUCAUAUGUUUCAGCGUUUACAUAGGAUGGAGUAUUCCUAUAUAUUGUGUGCCCCUCCCUUCACCUCUACACGUCUGUUGGCUUGUCAUAUAGGCAAAAGUACUAGACGACAGUACUGUGUGGGUCUUUUUUUUCCCCCUACUCCCCAGUACAUAGUAACCAUAAUAGAGUAAUAGCUAUAUACAAGGAAAUGCUCACCUCUUGUCUGCUGGCGGUGGAGGUCUCGAUGGCCGUAGGAAAGAUAGUUGGCACCGCAGCUGGUUUCAGCCUCUGCCUAACUACACUUCGUGUAUCCAAUGCUUUCUCAAAACACGUGGCAUAUGUGGUUUGUCAAGUUAUCAAGAAAAAAAUUACAAUCUGUCCUCUGACCUUUAAUAAGACAGCUGGUCAUGAAGGCAAGGAAUCGCAACAUUGGGACCAUAAACAGUGGCGAGGACUUGCAUGCGAGAGGGAGUAGGGAAAGAUCAAUCAAAAGGAACAUUUUUGCCUGUCUUGGCAUAUCCCGUCGCCGGCCAAUCACAGCUCAUACAUACAGGUACACCUCAAUUAGAAUACGGUAAAAACUUUAGUUGUUGAUACAUUAUAAUGAUUCAUUAAAAACUUGGGCAAAUACUUUUUUGAGGGCAAAUUCCAGCCUAAGUUCUACAUUGUGAAUCAUUUUCAUUGUUUCUUGUCACAUAAUCUAGUAUCUAGAGAUGUUGAUUUUUUUCCCCCCUGCAAGCUUUCAAAAGUACAUUUAAAAAAACAAAAAAACAAUGAUUUCACACGCAAAAUCCACAGAAACACGGAGGCAACAUGUAAACUCCACAUUGGAAAUGCCAGACAUUUCAACCCAGAACUGUGAAGCAGGCAUGCUAACCAUUCCUCCCACUAUGCUACCCCCUCUUUAGUCCUGACCCCCCCGCCUCCCAAAUGAAUAGUUGCUGGGCAACCCAAACAAAAAAACGGAGCCCUGCUCCAUCAGCCAGAAACAAGGCCGCUUACAUGACCCCCACCCACCCUGCACCUCCAACCCCACUGUAUAAAAGGCCAAUUCAUUCAAACUAGAGGUACAACAAUUAAUCAAUUAUCAACUGAAUCAACUAUUUUGAUAAUGUUUAGGGACCUUGUUUAACUUGAAAUUGUCCAAAUCCUCAGAAUUUCAGCCUCUCAACACUAAAUAUUCUCAGAUUCCUGUAGUCCUCUGAUGAAAGUAGGCAGAUUAUCUGUUUAAUCAAAAUAAGACAUUUGCAAACAUGUACUUUUCAUCACAGAAGAAAAUAACACUGCCUGCAGUCCAGGCCCGUCUCCCAUUGAAAAUGUGUGACGCAUUCUGAAGUGUAAAAGACGACAACGGAGACCCCGGACUGUCGGACAGCUCAAGCUGUACAUCGAGCAGGAAUGGGAAAGAAUUCCGCCUGCAAAGCUUCAACAAUUAGUGUCCUCAGUUCCCAAACGUUUAUUGAAUGCUGUUAAAAGAAAGGUGAUGUCACACAGUGGUGAACAUGACCCUGUCCCAGCUUUUUUGGAACGUGUUGCAGCCAUCAAAUUCUAAGUGAAUGAUUAUUUCCGAAAAACAAAGUUGAUCAGUUUGAAUCUUGUCUUUGUAGUGUAUUCAUUUAUAUGUAGGUCGAACAUGAUUUGCAAAUCAUUGUAUUCUGUUUUUUUUCUCUUCUGUUUAACACAAUGUCCCAACUUCAUUGGAAUGGGGUUGUAGUUGUUCAAGUAUAUAU